GUGUAUAUAAAUAUAUGCACGGUUGGUGGUUUUCUUCUUCAUUGCUUUUCACGUUCUUUAUCUCUCAGUCCCUCAAAACUCUAGGAAGAAUGGAAGGAGCUUCAAUGGUGAGGAUUGAUAGGAAAUCAUCCAUAGAAAGCGAACCACGGACUCUGAAUAUUAAUCAAAUCCAAUGUGCGAGGGAGGCAGCUCUGUCUGUGGUGAAUACAAUGAGCAUGGAAGAAGCAAUGAAUAUUUUCACCAAGGGUUUGAAGCCAGUUGUGAGUGGUAUGAAGCAAAAUGGAGACACGAUGAUGAUUGAUCAAUACGACGAUUAUUCAGAGGAUCAAUUAGGUGGAGGACAAAGGGAUGUGGUCUCUGCACCUUUCUAGCUUUUUUUCCUCUCUCUCCCCAUUCAUUGUAUAUUAUACUUCUCUCUCAAUGUACAUAAUGGAUUUUUGCAACCCAGCUUUACCAUAAUUCAUUCUUUCAUUCAA